AUGUGCAUAACAUUCUUAAGGUCCUCCUUACAGCAACAUCAAGCCCCGCAGUGGCUGGAGGACGCCAAGUUUGGAAUUUUCAUACAUUGGGGCCUUUAUUCUGUACCUGCAUGGGCACCUGUCGGAAAGGAAUACAGCGAGUGGUAUUGGUGGCAAAUGAACCAUGAGCCGACUUAUUCGUACCAUCGUGAGACGUAUGGUGAGGAUUUCAACUACGAUGAUUUUAUCCCCAAGUUACCAAAUACGCCCGAUCCAACAAAAUGGCUUGACUUGAUCUCCCGGUCACGUGCACGUUAUUUUGUGUUCACCACAAAGCAUCACGACGGACUCGCCCUGUGGAAUACGAGUGUAUCGGAGCGGUCAUCAGUCCAUCUUGGACCCAAACGAGAUUUUGUCGAUGCCAUAAUGACAGCAGCCAAACAACCGGAAUAUGCACAUGUCAAACGAGGACUCUAUUUUUCAUUGCCAGAAUGGUUUCAUCCAGAGUACCGAGACGUUUCGCUUGGUUGGCACGGACCACCCAAGAACCCGUAUACAGGCAAGAUGAUCCCAUACACCGGCUACAAUCCAACAAUUCGAGACUUUGUCAAUGACCAUCAAGUGCCACAAGCCUUGGAACUGAUUGAGUAUCAUGAGCCUGAUAUUUUUUGGUGCGAUAUUGGAGGCAUCAAUAAUUCGUCUGCCUGGCAAGCGCCUUAUUUCAACCGUGCUGCAUCACAAAAACGUCAAGUGGCGAUUAAUGAUCGGUGCGGCAACGGUAUUUCGGAUUUCACCACAGUCGAGUACCAAUCCAAUGCAGAUGCACCAUCACGGUUCUGGGAAGCGACACGGGGGAUUGAUCCUUAUUCGUUUGGAUAUAAUCAAGCCACCCGACAAGAUCAAUAUGCGGAUACAGGGUCGCUCUUGCGAGAGUUGAUAGAUGUCGUUGCCAAGGGUGGCAAUCUGCUAUUAAAUAUUGGACCAGACAUGUACGGUCAAGUGGUUGAAUCCAUGGCCAGCAAGCUCGCGGAGAUGGGCGAAUGGAUCGAUCAUGUCGGACCAGAGUGUCUGUUUAAUACAACACGCUAUUGGGUUGCGCCAAAUGGUGUAGAGCAAAACAAGGUCAGGUUAAGGUUUACAGUGGCCGAGGAUGGGACGUUUUAUAUGUUUAUCCUUGACGAGCCUCCACAGGGUGAGUUCACCAUCCCGGUGCCGGUGCCUAAAAUCGAGUCCAGCGUAACGACUGGAAAGAGUAUUCAUGUGCCAUGGCAAUUAGACCUGCAAAACCGGGUCGUAUUGCAGAUUUCAGAACAGGUUAUCCAGGCUAGCAAGUAUGUUUGGGUGUUUAAGAUGUUGUAA